AUGUGUGUACCGUCGCAGCUGCGCACUGUGCUAGAUUGGGCCAUUGGCGCUGGCAAGCAAGCUAUCGUUGAGUUGAUGAUUGCACACAAAGCCCCAUUGGGCCCUUUAGACGACAAGCACAAUUCUACGCCCCUGAGCAUAGCAGUAAAAAUGGGUUGCGAAGCUAUUGUUGAAUGUCUUCUACAAGCGGGCGCGAAGCCACCAAGCGCAUAUUGCUUGGACGACCCUCUUACUAUGGCUACUCACGAAAAGAGUGAUAUCCUGUUACGACUCCUCAAGCAUGGGCUUCGGCCGAAAUCUGAGGAUGUCAUGUGUCACAUGGCUGAACGAAACGAUAUUGCCUCCCUUCAGACAUUGAUUCAAUUCGGUGUGGAGAUAGCCGUGUAUGGCCAUGCUGCACUUUUUACAGCUAUAUUAUGGGGGCAUCAAGCCAUGGUAGAGUUUCUGAUUCAGCAAGGGGCAAAUCCACACCUGUGCUUGGCUCAAAGCAAUGGCAUUUAUUACUCUGCAAUCGGUCAUGCAAUUCUAUGUCACCAAUCAAAUAUCGUAAAGCUCCUGCUCGCUCAUGGAGUCCGCCCUGAUCAUCAAGACCUCCAGCUUGCGAUUGAGAUGAAGGUCUUGGAAGUCGUCAGUGCUCUGGAGCAUCUAUCUUAUGAGGAUGUUCCGGAGAAAUUGACUUUGGAAGACUGUGUCCGACAGCGAGAGGACAAACGGCUUGUGGAUCCUGACUUCCAACCGAUAGAAUGGGGUCAGUAUGUUGGCCUAGGUAGUCCGACUCUCGAGGAGUAUGAAAAUUAUCAUGAGCUAACUGUGUUUUGUGUGGAUGAUGGCUGUGAUGAGGACGUGCCACGCCUCGGUGGUUUUCAAUGGAACGAGGACUUGUAUGAUUCGGACCCCCCUGUGUCUUCCGAGUAA